AUAUAUAUGGACCCUAGUCUCGGUGGUGUAUAUCCAUCAAUCAAAACCAAGAUUUCUUGUGUGAGAAAAUUUAAGGGUAGUGUUUGGAGUGCGAGAAAUUUUUUUCUUUGAUCAUAGAAAUGGCUGGAAUUGUGGUGGUUUUUGACUUCGACAAGACGAUUAUCGAUUUGGAUAGUGAUAACUGGGUUGUGGACGAGUUGGGUUUUACCGACUUGUUCAAUCAGCUUCUCAACACCAUGCCUUGGAACUCUCUCAUGGAUAGGAUGAUGAAGGAGCUUCAUUCACAAGGAAAGACCAUCGAGGACAUUGCAGAGGUACUAAAAAGGGUUCCAAUCCAUCCCCGGGUCAUCCCAGCCAUUAAAUCAGCUCAUGCUUUAGGGUGUGAUUUGAGGAUAGUAAGUGAUGCAAAUCUCUUCUUCAUAGAGACAAUACUGAACCAUCUUGGGCUGAGGGAUUACUUCUCUGAAAUCAACACGAAUCCGGGCCUUGUCGAUGAGGAAGGGAGGCUCAGGAUUUCCCCUUACCAUGAUUUCCAUUCCUCUCCUCAUGGCUGCAAUCUCUGCCCUCCAAACAUGUGCAAGGGUUUGAUUAUAGAAAGAAUCCAAGCUUCCAUAGCUAAGGAGGGGAAGAAGAAGGUCAUCUAUCUCGGAGAUGGAGCUGGCGAUUUCUGCCCGAGUUUGAAGCUGAAAGAGGGAGACUAUAUGAUGCCAAGGAAGAACUUCCCGGUCUGGGAUUUGAUAUGCAAAAAUCGCACGCUUGUGAAGGCAGAGAUCCACGAAUGGAGCGAUGGGGAAGAGCUCGAACUCGUCCUGAUUCAACUUGUCACCAAGAUUUCCAUGGAAGAGAACUCUGCUCAGCUGUUCUCUGUUGAUUGCAAGUUCCAGACAAUUCCCAUGUCUGCCCAUGAAGCCUUCCCUCAGGCUCUCCCAGUUCCCCAUUAGAAGAAGUUAAUAGUCUUGUUGCGCAACACUAAACCUAAAAAGCACUCAAAAGUUGUUUUUCUUCUCUCUUGUUUUCUCUAAGCUAUAGGAAUGAAAUUGUACGCUUAAUCAUCAGCUGUUGAUCAAAAUUAGAUCAACAAGAAAUAUAGAUAUCAGUUUGCUCUA